AUGUAUGAGAACCACAAGAAAGAAUGGAGCUUGUUGCGCAGCGAAUUAGACUCGUUACGAAAUGAGCUGGUGGAAAUGACAGAUCAUCAGCACAAAACAGAAAAUAGCAAUAACUCAGAAGGUAAAGACCGCAAAAAGGCCAUCUCUGAUCAGGGGAACGUGACGUUGUGUAGGUCGUACCUCGCGGCCUCCACAACGCAGAAGGAGCGCACCGCGGGCAUCUCCAUAGUCGCCGCGGCCCAGGCUUUGGGCUUCGUCGUCGGGCCAGUGAUCCAGGCGGUGCUGACUGUGACGGUGACGGAAACCUCAGGUAAUGGGGCCUUCACUUGGGACAAGUACACAUCCGCAGGCUGGGUCGCCGCCAUCCUCGGCCUCAUCAACGUGGUCAUCAUGCUGCCCUGCGUCUUCCAGGAACAUCCCAUCGCUGUGAAAGAGCAAGCUCUCGUAAGUAAGAAAGAUGGUAAUGAAAAACCGCUGCAGCUGCCAAAACCCGAUUAUCUUGGUAUUGGAGGCAUUCUAUUUGCCUUUUUCUUCGUGUUGUUCAUCUACGUUCUCCUUGAUGCGCUGGCCGAGCCUUUCGUCACUGACAUGUACGCAGUGACUGAUGAUUACGCCAUGGUAGCUGUGGGCAUCGCCCUCGCCGGAGCUGGUCUCGUCUGCGUCGGAGGAUUCAUUGGAACGACGAGGCUUGCUAAGAUCUAUGAUGAACGCAAACUUCUUAUAUUUCUUGGACUUAUCCCUGAAGUUAUUGGAACUUGCCUAUACAUACCCAUGGGAAACACACCAAUUCAAAUGUCCAACUGCUCUGACACUGGCCCCCCUGAAAUUUUUUCUAAUACCUCACUCAUGAUGGCCGAUUUCACUUUACCCACAUUCCCCCCGUAUGGGAGUUUCUAUUCCAGUUUGCUACGCGAGGAUUCAGUUGAUUCCGAAGGAUGUACUCUCGGAUGCCCGACCAAUCAAGAAUGGUGUACUCAUGUCCCUCAAUCUUCAAUUUCGCAAGUCCUCGUAGCCUUCAUAAUCACCAUGUCAGCUUACCCUGUUGUUAACGGCCUCACGCAAGCCAUCUUCUCGAAAAUGCUGGGGCCGCGGCCACAAGGUCUCUGGAUGGGCGUCUUAACAGGAGUUGGAUCUUUUCGUUCGACCGAGGGCUGCGCGGCGAAAUUCCUCGUGAGCUGGAUAUGGGGGCUUCCACCUCUGAAUGACAUGCGUCGUCGUUCCGAGAGCAGCUCUCGCCUCCCACUUUGUAUCCAGACUUCGGCUUAA